UAAUAAUAAUAAUAAUAAUAAUAAUAUUGUCAGGGGUAUGAUUGAAGCUGAACAGGUUUUCCCCUACCCUGAAGUUCUUAAUGCAGAUCAGAAGGAAACCCUGCAGAUGUUGGUUCCACUGGCCGAGAGAGUUAUGGGAGAACAGAAUGAUCCGAUAAAGAACGACGAACUAGAAAGAGUUCCAGAAGAUACUAUUCAAAACCUUAGGGACCUCGGAGCUUUUGGACUCCAGGUUCCCGAGGAACUCGGAGGUGUUGGACUUACCAACACUCAGUAUGCUCGGCUCACAGAGAUCGUCGGAGGAAACGAUCUCGGCGUCGGGAUCUUUAUUGGAGCUCAUCAAUCCAUUGGAUUCAAGGGAAUCCUGAUUGCUGGAACCCCUGAGCAGAAGGAGAAAUAUUUACCUAAACUUGCAUCAG